CUCCGAGAGUUACAACCAAAUCAAGAGUGUUCGAUCCACUCCGAGUAAGAUCGAUGGGGACUCCGAUCAUCAUGCGACGGUCCCCCAAUUUUUGAGGGUCGGUUGUGACAGCCGCAUGUGGAGGCUGCACCGGUGGAGCCCGGUCCAGCAGAGGUCCCACCUGCUCAGCCACGAGCAUCACCGUCGGCACCAUGCACCACCACCAACGUCUUCAUCUGCUGAACCCAGCCCCUCCGCAUCCUCGGUCCACCUCGAGGACCGAAUCACUCACCUUGAGGAGCAGUUCACAGGGGUCUCCACAUGGUUGGACAGAUCCAACAGAGAGUCUUGUCCGAUGACCAGGAGUGAUCCCAACUCGAGCGAGGUAGUCGACCGAGUGAGACAUGUGGCAGAGGUGAUUUUUUCGCCCAACUUCUCCACUUGAAACCCUGAGCUUUAUUAUUUUUCGUUUCUUUAGUGCGUGAACAAGUACUAUUGUGAGCUUUUCUUGUGUUUAAUCGUGAUGCUUAAUAUUGUUAUGUGUAAUAACCUUGCCUCGAGUGAGUGUUGGGGGGGGGGGGGUAUUUCAUUUGUGUUUGCCAUGUCAUUUUGUGAGUGAAUGCUUGAUUAAAGUGUCCGGUUGGUGGGAGAAUCUCGUGUUUAUUGCCAUUGACUUUGAAUUGAUUGCAUGUGAUCGAGUGCAUCCUAUUAUGAUGAUUGAUAAGUGCAUUAGGUUGGUGCAAGUGUUUAGUUCUCAUAUGUGUACAAAUGAAUGGAUGACUUGACU